AUUCAGGUAUGGUCAUGUGGCGGGUUUUGCCAAAGUCAUUUGAUAAAAAUGAAGUAAUCAGAUGAGUAGGUUACCAACAAAUAUCGGUAUUUCUACUAACCAGUAACCCCCCUAGUACAUGGUCUAUGGUAAUUAUUAAUAAUAAGCAUAGUUUACUAUUGUUGAAGUCUCCAUAGUUCUAAAUAUGAAUGAAAAUAAUGUCUAUAGCAAUUCUUUUAAAACGGAUCUUAGUGGCAGUGAUUGUUCAAGUAAUUCAUCUUGUGAAUGCAAUGAUAUGAAUUCAAAUGUGUAAAAAAAAAUUAAUUUUUUUCUAUCCAUAAAAUAAUGAUUAUUAACUUUAAAAUCUUACAUUAUUAGUUCAGAUUAUGAAUGGGAAAAUGAAAUAAAUGAUAAUGGAGAACUGUUUUAUGUUAAAUGUUCACCACGAAAACAAACCAAGCACACAAAACGAAAUACUGAAUCUAAUGAUGCACCGAAAAAAAUCAAAACUACGGCCGGCAAAUUGGUUAAGCUUUUGAAACGUAAAAAGAGAGGAAGAGAUAGAAAUGACAGUUCUAAACAUUCUGGCAACACUAAUAAAGUCACUUUUUUGGAUACACAGGUAUGGUAACAAUAUACAUUACAGGUACUUAAAUAUGAUAAAAUUUAAAAAAUUAUUAAAUUUUUCACAGGAAGGUGAAGUGAGAGAAGUCAUAAUAGAAGUUGGAAAUGACGGUUAUAGUAACCUUGGAAGAAGAGCAACAUUGACUGAAAAGUUAUUAGGUUUAUCAACAACAGUUUUUGAGGAUGGUUUGCGUAUAAUGGUAGCAUCAAUUAUUCCAAAUACUCCUGUUGAUAACCAAAGAUCUAUAAAAAUAGGUAACUACCUAAUAACUAUAAUAUUAUGUGUAUAGUCGGGAACAUGAAAAGUGGCCUUUGGAAAAUAUGUUAUUUAUUGAUUGUUUUUUUUUUUCUUCAAUAAUAUUAUAUGCAUUACUUAUAUUUAAUUAUUCAAAUAAAUGUGUAUUUUUAAUUUUUAUAAUUUUGGAAUACUAUGACAGAAAUUCACUACUAAAACUGUUCGCACCGGUCACUUUUCAUUUUCCUGAAUAGUAAAAAUAAACAUAUUAAAUGAUGCAUAUCUAAUAUAUAGGAGAUUGGCUUAAAAUGAUAAAUGGAGAGAUAGUAACAGCAAAAACAUUGGAUCAAAUUUUAUUAAGCAUAACUACACCAACUACUGUAUUACUUUUUGAAACUAUAUUAUAAUUUAAAAUUAUAUCAGAAUGUAAAUCAUUUUUUUUAUGUAAUUUUUAGAUUACACUAGUUGUUCAAAGAGUGGCAGUUAGUUUAGUUGGUGUUGAUAAACACAAUAAUCAACAACUGUCAAGCUAUUUAUCUUUGAAGACUGUCAACGAUGAAUUUAUUUCUGAACUCGCUAAAUAUCCCAUAGCAGUCAUGUAUUUAUUAUCUGAAACUUCAAAUGCUAUCUAUGUAUAUCCAGGCCCAUCAUGUAUAUUCCACCAAAUUAAAGGAGCAUUUCAAACUAUUAUCCAUAUUGUUCCACAGAUUGUCAAAAAUCGAAUAAAAAGGUUUAACAAAUCAAUACAAUUUUUAGUUUAUCACAGUGGCGUAUACAGGGAGAGGAUGUAGGGGUCAAAUUUCUCCCUCAUACAAAUUUUUUUUUUUUUUUUUUAAAUUGUUUAAAAUAGUGUUCUUUGUUAGGGUUUUAAAUGAAAAUGUAAAAAAAAAUUCUCAGAUUAUUUCUCAACCCUAGGUCACCGAUUUAUUUCAGGUGAAGAUUAUAAUGCUAAAAAUCCAAAGUGGGGGAAUCGUUCUCCCAACACUAGAGGUAGAGCAUUACUCAACUGCAUAACCUAUAACAACUUAUCAGCACUAGCCCCUCUUGAUCCUACUUACUGGCGCUCCCAUAAUAACAGACUACCCGACAUACUAGACUUUUUUGUUUACAAAUUGUCUAGUAACAUUCACUCCACUAUAAAUAACCUUUACGACCUAUCCUCCGAUCACACACCAACCCUACUUGAAAUUGGGUUUACCCCAAGUAUACCAAAAAGAGAAACGCUUACUCCUGGUCGAAUGGAUUGGUCAAUCUUUAAAAAAACUUUAAAUGAUAACAUAAAACUAAACAUUUCCUUAAAAACAACAGACGAAGUAAAUGACGCGUUGGAUUUUCUAACGUCAUCAAUACAGUCUGCUUUGUGCGCCUCCAUUACAAAAAAUAACAAAUACUCGUAUAAUAAAACAUCGCAUCACAUCCAAAUCUUACUAUAAGAGAAACGCAAGGCUAGAGCCAAGUGGCAAAAAUUAAAAUUCCCCAAUGACAAGAUUAAACUUAAUCAAUUAAGUAACCAACUCAAAAAGGUAAUUUGGAAGCAUAAAAAUGACUCUUAUAAUUCAUAUGUUGAAGCUCUCUCAACAACCAACUGCUCCUUAUGGAAGGCAACCAAAUCCCUACUACAAUUAAACAACCUUCUCAAAGCAAAAGCAAAGCUCUUCACAAAGCAGAUCACUCUCGAAAAAGUUAACAUAUUCACUGAGCACCUAUCGAAAUGCUUUACUCCUCAUGAUAUACAGCCUAGUGCAUCACAACUAGAAAUAAUGGAUAGCUCUCUCAAUUUACCCCUUCCCAUGUCACUUCCCGCUAAAAACACCUCUCCGGGUGAAAUUGAACACAUUAUCAAGCAACUCCCUAUAAAAAAAUCACCAGGUCAUGAUCUAAUUAGUAAUGUUAUUACAAAGAACCUUCCCAAAAAGGUCAUUGUUUUUUUAACACACAUAUUCAACGCCAUUUUUAAACUAUCGUACUUUCCAAACACUUGGAAAUACUCGGUCGUUAUUCUAAUACCUAAGCCAAAUAAACCACCACAAGAUCCUGCCUCUUACAGACCCAUAAGUUUUCUCCCAACCUUUUCUAAAAUAUUUUUGAGAAAAUUCUUUUAAAAAGACUCACUCAUUUUGCUUCUUCAAAAAACAUAAUUUCACACACACAAUUCGGAUUCAGAUCAAAACAUUCUACAUUGCACCAAUUACAUAGAACAGUUGAUAUCAUAGCCAGCUCCCUGGAAAAAAAACAGUUUUGUACAGCAGUAUUCCUUGACAUUUUCCAAGUCUUUGAUCGGGUUUGGCAUGAUGGACUAAUGCACAAACUUAAAAAGUUCUUACCCGUCCCUCUUUUCCUCUUGAUAAAAUCAUAUCUGUCAAAUCGUUUCUUUACUGUUCGCCUAAACAACACCUACACAACCCGUUACACUAUUAGAGCUGGAGUCCCACAAGGAAGCGACAUCGCCCCAUUCCUUUACUCGAUUUUUACUCAUGACAUACCCAAAACAUUUUAUACAUCCUUAGGCACAUACGCCGAUGACACGCUAAUAACCGUCUCCCACGAAAGCCACGUCACAGCCAGUGAAAUGAUCCAAAACCAUUUAAAUACGAGGGUUGUCCCAAAAGUAAUGCACAAUUUGCUCUGAAUAAAUAAGUUUUUAUUUUAAACUAAAUACAANCUCGAUUUUCACUCAUGACAUACCCAAAACAUUUUAUAUAUCCUUAGGCACAUACGCCGAUGACAUGCUAAUAACCGUCUCCCACGAAAGCCACGUCACAGCCAGUGAAAUGAUACAAAACCAUUUAAAUAUGAUCAGCUUGUGGGCAAACAGAUGGAAAAUCAAAAUAAAUGAAACUAAAUCUGUUCAAGUAACUUUUUCACUAUGUAAUCUCGAUUCUCCACCUGUUACGUUAAACAAUAUAACAAUUCCUAAGGCAAACAAAGUUAAAUACCUUGGGCUAACUCUCGACAAAUGCUUAACCUGGAGCCUACACAUAAAACUUAAGCGUAAAACUGUUAACUCAAGACUUUAUAUCCUUAGAUCACUCUUAAAAUCCAAACUUUCCCUUUCCAAUAAACUUACUAUAUACAAAUCAAUAAUUUGACCAGCUUGGACAUAUGGGAUCCAGUUAUGAGGCUCCGCAAAGCUCUCUAACAUUAACAUGCUUCAAGCUUUUCAAUCUAUCUGCCUACGAUUAAUAACAUCUUCUCCUUGGUAUUUCACAAACAAUAAUCUUCACAAAGACCUAAAAAUUCCUACAUUGUACAUAAUGUUGUAUAGAUUGUAAAUAAAAUUGCUUUAAAAAUAAAAAAAAAAAAUUGCAAGAAUUAAAAUUAAUUUACUAAUCACUAAUCAUAUAUAUAUAAAAUAUAAUUAUUACAAAUUGAUCGACUAGAUACAGUCAUUCAUAUCACUGCAAUAGAAAUAAUUAAUUUAAAAAAAAAAAAAUUGUAUUAUAAUUAUUUAUAGAAUUUUGAAAUAAAAUGUAUUAAAUAUAUGUUUUAUUAUUUAUUAUUUUAAUGUGCGAGUACCUAGGUUUAGAUAUUUUCUUUUCAUAAUAAUUUGUUUGAACUGAUCCCCCUCAUACAAAAGUUAUGUAUACACCACUGGUUUAUCAACUAUUCAUUAUGUGUAUUAAUAUUAUAUUUAUUUAUUUUUAAUUGUAGUACAUCAAUGAUAUGUGAUGAUCAAUUAGUUCAUUCAAUAUUUUUUUAUGAAGGACAAGGAACAUUUGUUUUUAUUGUACCCGAUUCAAAGUAAUUAUUAUUUGUUAUUAACUUGUAUAUAUUUAUAUACUUAUUAUGUUUUAGAUUAAAUUUAAACUAUGCUGAUUGGAUGACUUCUAAUAUAAUUAGAAAUUUAUGUUUCUGUUAUGAAAAUUUAAAUAGGUAAUAUAUUAAUGCACUUUAAUAAUUUAUUAUCAAUUUUGUUUUAUUUAAUAUACUUAAUUUUUCAAUUUAAGUUGCUUUUCAAAUGAAGAAAAUCACUGUUCAUUGGAUAAAUACUUUACAAUUAUAUUCUCAGAGCUUUUUGAUAUCAAUAUGUUUCAUAAUAUAGAAAACUUUCACGGGUUUGAAAAAUAUUUACCUGUCUCUAAGAGUAUUCCAUUGCCAAGAAUUAUUCAAGUAAAUUUCAUAACAUAUUUAGAUAUAAUAUAUGCAUAAUACAACAUGUUUUAUUAUUAGAUGGAACUAGAUGAUAUAUUAAAUGAAUUUGAGGCAAACUAUGUAGUAUGUAUAUUGUGUAAAUACCAUUUUGUCUGUUAUGCUGUUGCAUUUUGAAUACUUUUAUGUUUUCAUAAUUUAUAUUUUACUUAGUGUGAAGAUACUAGAGAACCUCGGCCAUAUUUGAUUAUUGGAACAUCAUUUUAUUAUAAGGUAAUUUAAAUUGAGAUAUUCAAAUUAAAUUCAGUUGUCUGUCAUAUUUUAUUUAUUAGGAAUACUUGUUGACAUCUCAUCUGAAUCAUGAAGAUCAUUUAGAUAUUCACAUGUUCUGCACACAAAAUGGUUUAUUCCAUCUACUUAACUCAGAAUUCUUGGAGCGUUUAAUAAUAUUUCGAAGAGUAUAUCCUUCAUCAGUGGGUUCAAGGGGUUUGUUUGUUGGUUCUGUUUAUACAUUACCUAAAGCUAAAUGGUAUUUAUUAAUAAUAGGCCGAGGAAAUAACUUAAUUGCUACACUCCUUGAAGUCGGACCCGGUUGUUUAAAGUAAAAAUACAUCAAAUAUUGAUUUAUUUUUUUUAAACAUAUAUUUUGUAAUAUUUGUAGAAAUAAAAUAUUCUAUGGACCCAAUGUUGAAUAUGUAGAAGAAGCUGAAGAUACAUUAGAAAGUGUUCUCAACAUGAAUGUUGAUGAAGUUGCAGAAAAAUGGUAAUUUUUAGUGUAUAACAGUAUUUAAUGGCUUUUUUUUUUUUUAAUAUUAAAAUAUAUUAUUAUUAUUGAUUGAUCAUGAUUUUUUUGUAGGAUUGAACAUAAUAUAAUAAGAAUAAACCAAACAGAUACUUCAAAAAAUUCAUCUUUAAAUAUUUGUUCGAUAAACAAUAAACAAUUAAGUGGUAAGAUAAUUUUAAAAUUCUUAAUACAAACUAGUGUUAUUAACUAUUUAUAACUAUUUUAGGCUCACCAACAAAAAAACCAGAAAUAAUUUCUAUAUUAAAACACAAAAAUGAUACUACAUUAACUUCACAAUUAUACAAUGGUAUUUAUAAAAAAAAAAUGUAAAAAGUUCAAGAAAUUAAAAAAAAUGUUUUAAAUAGAUUCUAGACAGUUAGAUUCAUUGUCUGAAACAAGUUUAACAAGUAGUGGAGCACCAAGCACUGAAGAUAGUAUGUACGUACAAGGUCCAGUAUUUGGCCGUCGAGCUGAACGUAUGAUGAAAGCUUCAUCAAUAGAGUGGUCAGAUAAUUCUGAAGACGAAUAUACUGUUUCAGUAAUAUUAUAUAAACUAUUUAUAUUAUUUAAAAAUAUAAUUGAUUGUGUCUUUAAAUUUUAGGAUGGUUCACGUUCAAUGGAUAUGUCAGAUAUUACAAAAAAAUUACCUGUAUUACCUAAUCAGUAAGUAAAAGUUAUUGAUGAAUAUUCUGUAAUUGAAACUUAUGACACUUUAAAUCAACAAAAGAAAUUUUGAAAGAUAUACUGAAGUUUAAAUAAGCACUUCAAGUAUAUUAAGAGGUAAAUAAAAAAACAGCUGAUACUAGGGACGUGUGUACCACUGUUGUAAAUGGAAAGCUGGGAAGGUAGAAUAUAUAAAGUUAUUUUAUUUAUAUCUGUAAGUAUCAAUAAACCAUUGUUAACAAAAAACUAUCCGGAGCAAAGUUCAGUUAAACAUGUUUUAAAAGACUAAUACGGUCUUCAUUGAAAAUUUAAUAUUAAUAAAAAAAAUACCACACAACACUAAAUUUUUUUUUUUUUACUACUGAGUACAACUUAUAAUGUAAUCUACUGUUAAAUUUUCAAGCAUUUCUGUUUGGUCAAACAAUUUUGUCCACCAAAUAAAAAUUACGUAAAAACCUUGAAAAAUUAAAAUGGCUCAAAAGUAACCGAAAUAGAUAAAAUCCCAGCGAUAUUAGAAACAAAAAUAGAUGAAGACAAAAAACUCGCUAUUCAAUAUUCUGAUUAAAUCAUACGAAUACUGUGCAAUCCCUGUUGAUUUUACUCAUAGUAAAACAAUCACUUUACUAAAAAAAGAAAACUGCUGUGUGUUAAAAUUACAGAACAAUAGCCUUACUAUCACACCCAUCCAAGACACUUUUGAAUAUAGUAAAAACCAGAAGUAAGAAAUGAAUCGAUUAAAGAAUUAGCAAAGACCCAUUUAGUUUUAGAAGUGAAAAAGGCACAAGAAAGGUAAUUUUGUCCCUAUAAAAGAUUAUGGAAAGGAGAAUAUUGAUUGGUAAAAACACUUACUUGGCCUUCAUAGACAUGGAGAAGGCUUUUGACAAAGUCAACUAGAAGCUACUUUUUAUAAGCCUACAAAACCUUGGUAUAGACUGAAAAGAGAAGAUUCAUUUUUAGUUUAUACAAAAACCAAGAUGUCAAUGGUCACAAGAAAGUGGCUGAAAUAAGACAAGGAUGUCCAUUCUUGCCCUAUUUAUUUAAUUUUUUCACCGAAGAGGCUAUACAUGAAAUAAAAAUAAAAACAUGGCAUCUCUAUUAACAAUCAAAAAAUAUAUUUGAUCCAUUUCACUGAGGACAUGGCUCUAAUUGUGGAAUCUGAAGGAGAUUUAAUCCUUAUGUUAAAAUGCUUGGGCAGAAACACAAUUACUCUUUCACACAAAUAGAAGCCACACUAAAUGAGGACCUUAUGAACCUAAACAAAUAUUUCACUAAUUGGUACUUAAAAUUUAACCUUAAUAAGUCAGUGGGUACAGUUUUUCACCUAAAUAACAAGAAUAGAAAGAGAAGAAUGAAUGUAAAUAUUGAAGAUUCUGCAGUACUUAACAAUGAAACGCCUAGAAGUCAAACUUACUAAGUCUCUAACCUUCAAGAAACAUGCUGAAAGAAUCAAAAAUGAAAUUAAAACUAGAAAUGUCAGAUAAAUUAGCUGGGAAGCAACGCAUAGGUGAUCCAGAAAACCAGAAUAGUGAAUAACAUUUUUUCAAUGAGAAUAAGCAAAUGAGCAUUUUCAAAUUUCAUAUUUGAACUCAUAGCACUCUACUAGAUUUAACAUCGAGCUGAAAAUAAAUAAAUAAGCAAAUGCUUUAAAUUCUGAACCUAGCUAAUAAUUCAUUAUAAAUAAAAAUUAUUUAUUUCAGAUUUGGUUUUAGUAAACUAAAUAUGCUGUUUCGUUAUAUUGAUAUAAAAUGGCACACUGGUGUAAUGAUGUGUUCUCCAUCAAUCUAUAAUGAAUAUGACUCAAAAACCGAAGAUAUUUUUUUAAAGAUUGAAGAUAAAUUUAAUUCAGCUGUAACUACUAUACGAAGUUUAUAUGAUGAAUCAGACCAGGUAUUAUUAAAAGGAAAAAAAUAUAUUAAUCUUAAUUAUAAUAGCUUUACGGUAUAAUUUUUUUUAAAACUGAUUACAGGAUGAAAAUGAAAUUAAUGAGAUUGGAAUUUUAUUUAAAAUACCUUCAACAAAUACAGAUUCUCCAAAGAAGUCAACUAUUUUAACAUUUUGGGUUGUGGGGUAAGUUAUCUCUUAAGUCAGUAUUAAUAUUUCAAAAUAACAAAGAUUUCUCUUAAGUGAACACUAAGUAACAGUACAUUUUUUCAUUCAGCUAAAAUAACUUUGUGUGGUUAGUUUGAACAUUAGAAUGAAUUAAGAGUGAAUUAGUCUAUCAUUAAAUUUAAAUGUUUUGCAGAAGAUUUGGGUGUAUAAAAUAUUAUGAUUUAAAAACUUAAAAAAUUUGGCAAUAAGUCAAAUCACUUUAAUAUUUAAACUAAUAGCACAAUUAUUCCUACUGAAUGAAAAUUUGCUCUACCACGCAAGAUAGAGACAUCACAUGCAAGUGAUUAAUAUAAAAUGUUAUUUAAAUUAAUUUCUUCAAAGGGAUUAAAUCACAGUAUACUAUUCUAUGUUUGAACCAUUUUAUAAGUAUAAUUUGUUAUACAUUUCUUUAUUACUAAUAAAUAUGUGUAUGUAUUUUCAAUAUUUUUAGAAAACUUUACAAAGAACCAAAUAAUCGUGAAGUAUAUGUUUGUUAUGAAGAAGGAAUACCUCAAAGUAUGAUCGAAAUUGCUUUUAAAUUAGGUAUAAGCACAACUGGAUAGAACAUUUCAAUAUCUGGAAAGAGCUCAACUAAUAUAUGAUGCUAAUAUUUCAUCAACAAUUUUAGAUAUUAAUUAUAAUCAAAUCUUUUUCAGACAUAAAAUUUUUAUUUAUAUUUGUCAUUCAUAUUAAAUACAAGAUUAUUUUGUUGAUAUAACUAAUGUAAGAAUGAGUCAAAGAAAAUUAUUUUUCCAAAAACCAAAGAUAAAAUUAUAAACCCAAAUUAUUUUAUUUACACUUAGUUUUUAAUUAUUAUUUUUUUUAAAAAACUGGUAGCAUCAUUGCCUCAUAUUAGGCACAUUUUUAAACAGUUUCAAUACUGCCAUAAUUAGAUCUACCAUACAAUUUCAUUACUGUUACUGUCAUGAGUGUACUGCUUACAUAUUAAUAUGUAGUCAUGACAGCUAUAAGCUAUUAUCAUAUUUUAUUAUUAUAUGUUUCUUAUUCAUAUUUAUUUAAAUUAAAUUAUUAAAUUAAAAUACUACAGAUAAUAAACAAUGAUAUUUUUGAACAAUCACUCAAAUGUUAAGAUAUAAAUGUAUUGUUAGCAUAGAUAAUAUAAGAAUUUGAUUUAUCUUUUUAUGGUACCUUGGGUGAGGUGUCCAUUGAAUAACUAACUAUACUUAGUUAACACAAUUUCUUUAUUUAUAAUAAAUUAAUUAAUACAACAUAAUACCAGAAUUAAGUAUACACAUCUUGUGUCUUUACAAUAACAAAGUAUAUAUCUCUUAGGUUAAGUUACACUUAUCACUUUAUUACAGUCCUUCCCCGUAGCUAUAAAAUGAUACAUAAAUAAAUAUGUUACUUAUAAUAAACAUUAUAAAACAUGUAUAAUUAAUACAUCUUAUAAAUUUAACUUAUCUGAUUUUCUAUUUUUUUUUAGACCUAGGUUCAGAGACCCCUGCUGUUUCUUCAACAUCUUCAAUAAUAUUUUCUUUUCCUAUUUCACCUUCUACUUUCUUUUCAUUCUUGUUUUCUAUAUUAAUUGUAUCUUCACACAAAUUAAUAGUUUCCCUUUCCCUUAAAAAUCCUUGUUCUUCCCCUUUCUCCCUUUCAACUGUAACAAUAUAAUUUUUAUUUAUUUAACCUAUCUCAAUAAAUGGGUAAUAUGUGCCUUCUCCAAACCACAUUUCCAAUCUUAUUAUAUAUAGUCUAACACCUAAAACCUCUUUAAUUUUCCCUUUUCUCCAUUUUUUUUUAUUUCGGUUGGAGUAUCUUAGCAUACACUAACCCUCCUUCAUUAAAUAUUACAUUCCUAAACCUUUUUAUAUAUUUAAUUUUUUCUACAGGAAGGUUUAAUAGAUUUAGCCUAGUCUUAAUUUUCCUUCCAAACAUUCUAUAACUUAGCGACUCGUCAGUUAUCCAAUGUGGUGUACUUCUAUACGCUAACAAAUAUCUUUGGAUUUAUGUAUUUAAUGAAACAUCUUUAUUUAUUUUAUUAUUCUUUAAAGAUUUCACAGCAUUCUCAGCUGAUCUAUUUGUCGCUGGAUGAUAAGGAAGAGAUGUUAUAAAAUGUAUCGUAUUAUUUUUACAAAAUUUUAUAAAUUCUUCUGACCAAAAUUUCAGUCCGUUAUCCGAUACUAUUUUGUUUGGUAGUCCAAACCUAGCAAAUAUCUCUUUAACUUUUCAAUAAAAACACCACUAGUCAUUUUCAUUUGAAUUACCUCUGACCAUUUCGUAAAAAUAUCUGGUGUAAUCAAAUCAUUUUCCCCUUGUAAAUACACAAAAAUCUAUGAGAAUCUUAUCCAUUGGACCACUCGCUUCCUCCCACUUUUUUGGUUCAGUUAAUAUUGGUUCUGAUCUACUUUGCAAACAAGCAUCACAACCUUUUAAUCACUUAAAUAUCACCAUGUAAUCCUGGCCACCACAUGUAUGAACUACAUAAUGUUUUCAUCUUGGACAUCCCCAUAUAGGCUGAAUGUACCUCUUUCAAUAAAUCAAAUUUAAGAGUUUUAGUAAUUAAAUCUAUAACCUCACAUUAAUAUACCCUUUUUUAUAUAUUGAAAUACUAAAAUAAAAUCCUUAUCCUUUUAUUACAGGUAAGCAGGUACUGUAAGGACAGUUUAUUUUAUUAGUGAUAUAAG